GUAUUAUCUGUUGAGUUCACCUCGUGUCAUCUUUAUUAAUUAUUAAACAAUUUGUUCUUUGGAGAGGUCGGCAAUUACGAAUUCAUUUACAUCAAUUCAUGCAUCACAUACCACACACAAAUGUUUGGGGACGACAGUUCAAUCAUGCUUGCAGAAAUGUUCUGAAUACUCUCAGUGUCAUUUACAAUAUCAAGUUCUGCAAAUAACAGCGUCGUAAUGAAAAGCCACGGUCAUUGACCCUUCUUUCAGUGUCAUCCGUCAUUCAACUAUAUCUGUGCCUUGCCGAUCACACAGCGACUGCACCCACUGUGUCGACACGGGCUUCCUGCCUCGACACGCCAGCCUUGCAUUCGAAUCCUUCCACAACCGUCUGCUGCAGCAAGCGACAAAACCACACGUUUCCGCUCUCGCAAGUUGAUUCCAUAUACGCAGCUGCGGCGCAGGCUGUUUAGACGCUGUCGGGCAUACGUCGCGGCGCCAAAACAAUCGCGCGAAGCCUUAUUCACCAGCGGACAGCUACGAAACGUGAGCGCUGUUUGUGGCGUUAGUUCCCUCUUCUAUCAUUAUAGGUCUAUAAUGGUCUAUUAUAGGUCUGAUGGUGCUAUCCAACCGAAAAAAGAAGGCAGAUGCGUCUGUGCCAUACGCUUCCACACUCCUUAAGGCUCUAAACAGACAUUCGUCCUCGAGUGUAACCGUUUAUCUGCACUGCGUUGGAAAUGCCGGACGCCCAGUGUUUAGGUUCCAGUGGACAGCCCAUAUCCUACGCCCCGAUCGUGGUUGAUUCCGACGACAGAGAACCUGCAGCGAUCAUCAAGGAUGAGACGACGGAAGCGGAUAAAUUGUCCCAAAGCUUCGAUGUAGUGGACUUCAAUACCACAUACUCGCCGGUUCCCAAGAAGAAGCGCAUUCUGGAAAGGCACAAGAGGAAAAUUUGUCUCCUUCCGAUGAUCCACACUCAGUUCUGGGUGGCUGCAGCGUAUUCACUUCUGGCGCCACUUUUUCCAGCUGUGGCUGUUUCGAGGGGUCUUGAGGCCUGGGAAUACGGAUUUGUGUUCUCUUUGGGAAAGAUAACCACAUUAAUAGGAUCAGCAUGGGCAAAAAAUCUGAUACAGCAGACAUCUCCAAAAUGUGUAUUUCUCAUUGGACAAGUGGGAUACUUCCUGGCAAACGCUGUAUAUGGCGCUUUGUACUGGAUUCCUGGAGACUACAUGAUGUUAGGCGUGGCUCUGUUCGGAGGUGCAUUAGGUGGAUUGAGCGAAUCUCUUUACUGCGUCGCUAGUUAUGCAACAGCCACUGUUUUACUGGCCGACCACCUUGGCUUUGCUGUCGCUGGGAUGCAAGUCCUGUGGGGAUCAGGCGGAGCAACGGGUGCCGUACUUGGUGGUGCAAUUGCUGAUGUCUGGGGAUAUCCGGCGGCAUUCUUCGUGACGUCAUCGUUGUUUAUGCUGUCCUGUCCUUUCAUUGCGACGUCACGAAUCUUCCGAAGAAACCGAAAACCUGCCGUUGGAGAUCCACACGUAAAUGGCGAGAAUACUGGCGGGGAAACCGAUAUGAAGCAUUAUUGGCUGCUUCGCGAUGCUAGGUUUAUUUCUUAUUUGUUCAACUUAUUCCUCAAUGGUCUAAUAUUUGGAUUCAUCGAACCAACAUUAGAACCUUAUCUAAAUCAGUUUCACAACAGUAGUUCAGGCAUUGGCAGCGUAUUCAGCGUAUACGCCCUUACUUUUUGCGUUGCUUCUGCUAUAUGUGGUUUUAUCUGCCACUGUAAGGCCGAGAUCCGUUUCCUGCCACUGGUCCAUGUGUUUAACAUAACGGGCUUCAUCAUGAUAGGCCCAGCGCCAUUCCUGCCAUUUGAACCCACCAUGAGCCUCAUUUACGUCUCCCAAGCACUACUGGGUGCAGGAGUCGCAUCGAUGCACGCGCUUUCAUAUUCAAGUGCAAUCAAACGCGCAAUCGCUAAAGGUUACAAAGAAGACAUUGACACAAGUAGCUUCGUGUGUGGUGCAAUAUUUGCGGCAUACGUCGUUGGGGCAACUCUGAGUCCACCUAUCAGUGGCUAUGUCGUUGAAGCGUUGGGAUUCCGAGCCGGCUCCAUGAUAAUUUUCGGAGCGCUGGUUGCUUGGAUGCCAGCACUGCUGCUGCUGCCAAAAGAAUUCAAGGAUUGCACACUGACCUCGCUGGCCCGUAUCGGACUGGCCAGAACACAUAAAAUACGAUAUGUCGCUGCUAAGAAAUAUUUGUCAUUGGUAAAUAGACCGAACUGAGAAAAACGCUUCAUUUUAUAACUGCAGAAAAAGAACAAUACCAUAAUCAGCUCUAGCAGAAAUUUGACGAUUGUAUGUGUUCUUAUUUGAUAGAAAAGUUAACGCUAUAUGGCAAUAGUUUGCCAAUAAACAGCGAGGAGUGGCAAAAAUACGCAUGCUACUUAUUCCUGCUUGGAGCAAGUCAACCAUCUUAAUGUCCACGAAUUUAUAUUAAGGCAAGCGGUUGCUAAAUAUAGUAUGCAGAUAUUUUCCCAAUAUUUCUUCUUUCUUUCUUGAGAAUGAAAAUCUUUUUGAGGUUUCCCUGUUAGGGAUUCUAUUGCACGCGCAAGCUCCGCAACACGAAACAAACACACGCAAAUAAGUCCACAGAAUGGGUAGUACUGCAGACCUAAUGUUUAUAAUAAUGUAAAAUGGAAAUAUACUCGAGUUAAAAUAGCCACACACCCACACAGAAAACAUUUAAAGGCACCCCGAGCUGGCAGUAGGAGCGAAAUAAAUAAAUAAAAACCUUGCACUCGGCCGCGCAACGCUUGAAACAGCGAAGCUGGGCGAUCGUAGCCCAACAUUUUCCGGAAGUGCGUGGGAACUUUUCAUCUUAUUACUCAUGAUGCUAAUUUAUUUUCGUGCGUCUCGGACUUACGGCCGUCACUGCGCGUUCCAUAGCGCAGCUUGCAACACCUGACACCGCGUUCCAGGAGACCCGUUCCGUGAAUGCGUCUCUCUCUCUCUCUCUCUCUCGCUCUCAUAGCGCGCAAAACCUCUUCACCUCGCAGGACACGAGCGUGCGAACGGGCCAGCUGUGGAUGAAGACGACGACGCUCGAACGCAAUCAUAUGGUUCACAUAAAUGCAUGUUUAGAACGCGUGAAAUUACAUCGUGUUUUUGCUGUUUUUGUCUGGGGAUCCACGUGGGAAAGAACUAAACGAACAAGUAUUUUUAGACGUGUCCGCCUAGGAGGAGUUGGUCUGUCACAUCUGUAUCUUAGACAGCUGGUGAAUCGUUUUAUGUUGUUUCGCAAUGCUACUGACCCCUUUUUACGAACUAUGUGCCAAGUGAGGUUAGGUAGACAUCUGCCAAACUUAGUUGUGUGGUCAGAAUGUAUGCCAGGUAGCAUUUCUGGGUAUAUGAGAGAAGUGUACCUUUCGUGUCGUAUUUUACAAAAUCAUUUCUCCCUCGAAUACCUCUGUGGCGUGUCU